GAAAUGCCGUCUGCAAAGAAUAGUGCCGGGAAAAGAAUAUUUGCUGAAAUAUGUUCGAUGGCAAUAGAAAAUGGAGCUGUGAAUCUUGGACAAGGAUAUCCAGACUUCGGACCACCUGAACAUGUGCUUGAAGCAUUAAGCAAUGUCGCUCGUAGUGAUAAUCCACUGCUACAUCAAUACUGUCGAGUAUUUGGACACAUUCCUCUGGUAGAAGCACUCGGAACACUGUAUUCUCGAGUUUAUGACCGGAAAGUGAAUCCUUUAACGGAAAUAUUGGUUCCAAUUGGUGGGUACGGCGGUCUGGUGUGUGCUAUCGAGAGUGUAGUGAAGCCUGGUGAUGAGGUCCUUAUUUUCGAACCAUUUUUUGACUGCUAUAAGGAAAUGGUCGAGACUGUUGGUGGAAUCCCAAUUUUUAUUCCCUUGCAUCCUCCAGAGCCCCCAGAUCCACUGAGACAGCUGGACAGUGAUAACUGGACAUUUUCCGAAGAAUAUAUCUUAUCCCAUAUCCGUCCCAAUACCAAAGCUGUGUUAUUGAACUCUCCGAGCAAUCCUUUGGGAAAAUUGUUCUCCAAGUCGGAAUUAGAGAUCAUCCGCGACGUCUGCAUCGAAUUCGAUCUCACCUGCAUCUCAGACGAGGUUUACGAAUGGAUUGUUUUUGACGAGAGGAAACAUAUGAAAAUAGCAGCCAUGGAAGGUAUGUGGGAGCGGACUUUGACAAUCGGAAGCGCUGGGAAGGCAUUCAGUGCCACGGGUUGGAAGCUAGGAUGGAUCAUUGGACCCGAGGAUCUAAUGGAAAGAUGCCAAAAAGUUUUCCAAAGAUGCUAUUACCGUUGUCCAACACCCAUCCAGGAGGCAGUGGCAAGAUCUUUAGAAAUAGAAAUCCGAAAUUUGGAUACCUCGGAUUCGUAUUUCGUUACUUUAUCAAAAGAUUUACAAAGGAAACGAGACUGGGUGGUGAAAACGUUACUAGAAAUUGGAAUGAAACCAGUUAUUCCACGGGCAGGUUACUUCCUUUUAGUCGAGAUCUCCACAUUUUUGAAAAAUCGGCGCCCUUGUCACAUAACUGACCACGAGGCAGAAGAUCUCCAGUUUACCAAGUGGGCCAUCAAAGAAAAGAAAUUUGGUGCUAUUCCGGCUUCAUUGUUUUUCGAUUCAGAAAGGCAGAAUAUAGGACAAAAAUACAUUAGACUCUGUUUUGCUAAGAAAGAUUCUACAUUAGAGGCAGCUAUAGAUAUUCUGAUGAAUUUGGGAAACCAUAGCACCAAGCAUCACCCCAACUAAGUACCAGUGCCUACUGUUGAAAAGUAACACAUUACUUCUUUCAACCAGCUUUACCCCUAUAUUCUCGCCCUGUACCUUCUACAGAAAAGUGUCGGUAAUUCAUUACCUGUUCAACAAGCUCGACGAAUCUGGCCCUUCACGUUCCUCGGACGUGAUACAAGAGUGAAACGAUUAGAUGCUGAUAUCCCAUCCAUAUAUACGUCCGCGAAACGGAAGGGGCCAGAUUUCUCGCGUUACUUUUCAAGCAGCCCCUUCUCAAUCCACCCAUUUCUCGUAUAUAAUGGUGCUUUAAAUUAUACCUCACUAUAGACAUAAAGCUAGUCAUUUAUUUACAUGUAAUGCAAUAUAGGUCAUGUAUCUGCCGUCUGAUAAAGAGUUUUCGUGG